UGUCACAAUUUGUCGAAGAUUAGAAAACGUUUUAAAUUAACGUGAAUCAGAUUUCACUUUUCAGGCUUUCAGCCAUAUUUUAUGAUUUUUCAGCCCUCUCACAAGUAAACUCACUAAUGGUAAAGUUGUAAACCUAAUUAUGUACUAAUUUGGAAAUGUGAGAAGUCUAGACUCUAGCAAUAGAACAUUGGGUUCCGACGUUCCGUGCAGUUUCACAAACAGUGCUGACCAGCAUUGAUUUAAAGGGUUUCUAUAACGUGCCCGCUACACCUCCCCACCGACAGGAUGGAUCCAGGAUCGUCCGCUCCAGAGCCUCCUCUACCUCCAUCAUAUUCUGAAGUAUCCGCGCAGGAUGUGAAAAGUUCAAAGCCAUCUUUACCUGAUGAUUCCGCAGGUUUAAAACAGUUGCCCGAUGAUUCAAAGCCCGCAGACGAUUCAUCCGCAUCACCCUCCGACGAUGACAGCGAUGCCGAGCCAGACUUUGUUCCGUACGAAAAGCGUCCGGAGUGGCAGGAUAUUGCGCCGAUGCCUCUGGUCUCCGGCUCCGUGAUGCCCAUUGCCUAUACGGACACGUUCAAAAGUGUCUUUGGAUAUUUUCGUGCCGUAAUGGCCGCCGGGGAAAUGAGCCCGCGAGUGCUGCAGUUGUGUGAGGAUGCGGCAUUAUUGAAUGCGGCCAAUUAUACGCUUUGGAUGUACAGGAGAAAAGUGCUCACACAUUUACACUCGGAUCUUCGUGCGGAGUUGCAGUACAUUGGACGGGUGAUUGAAAAAAAUCCUAAAAAUUAUCAAGUUUGGUAUCAUCGGCAAAAAGUUGUCGAAAUGUUAAAAGACCCAUCGGAAGAAUUUGAUUUCACUGCGAAAAUACUGCGCCGUGAUGCCAAAAACUACCACGCUUGGCAGCAUCGGCAGUGUGUCCUUCGCCAUUUCGAUAUUGUACAACAUUCGGAGUUGAGCUUCACGGAGAAGCUAAUUUUCGAAGAUCCCUUUAACAACAGCGCAUGGAUGCAUAGAUUUUUCGUACUGGAUGAGCUUCCGAGAUCCUGCGGAAAAAAAUCCAUGCUGGAAGGAAAUACUGCUGAAAUUGAUUUCACGCUGGCACGAAUUUCGGAGCAGUCGCAUAACGAAAGCCCGUGGAGUUUCCUAAGAGGACUGGUACGGGAUCAGUGGCCACAGUUCUACGGCAAAAUUUGUGAUUUCUGCGAAGAUCUUUUUAACCAAAAUAUGCGAUCCCCGUUCUUGUUGGCCUUCAUGAUUGAUAUGUACGAAGAAGACAUUUCCCAAGGACAUAAGGCGCGCAUGCCGGAUGAGAAACAGCAUUUAAUGAAUCGAGCAGAAAGUAUCUGUGUGGAUCUUGCAGAAAAGCAUGACGUUAUUCGUAAGGCAUACUGGAUAUGGAUAAAACAAAGAGUACGCUCCAAACACGCGCAUUUGCUUUCUGCCGCUAGUCUCCAGGAAGUUUAAUGGGCUUAUUGUUGGUGGUCGCAACACUUGAUUGGUAUUUUUUCCAUUUUUAUCUGUUCCUCUUGGUGUUUUUAAUAUACAGUAUAUGUGACGCCGACCACAGAAGAUGCGAUAGGUCAGCUUCUUUAAGGUAUGCUUUUGUAGUCACAGGCACCAUUGUAUGCAGCUUUGUGCAUACUGCCAAGCAAAAGCAUUAAAGAACAUAAAACUAACAGAAGCUAAUCAAAAGCAUUUUGCUUUUCUUUACGGCUUGGUUGUGGUAUUUGCUGGGCGUACACUGAGCAAAUCAGAAAAGAUUUGUUG